CGCAACUGAUCAUGCGAUUUGGCGCAGAGCUCAGGCACUGAAAAUGGCGGAAGAGGGAACAAAUCAGAAGCAGCCGGUGUGCGUCACCGGCGCCAACGGCUUCAUCGGCACGUGGCUUGUCCGGACGCUUCUCGACCGCGGCUACGCCACCAUCCACGCCUCCGUCUUCCCCGGCUCCGAUGUUUCCCACCUCCUCGGCCUCCCCGGCGCCGCCGGCCGGGUGGUGGUCCACGAGGCCGACCUCCUCGACGCCGCUGCCGUGUCGAUGGCCGUAGAGCCGUGCGAGGGAGGCGGCGUUUUCCACGUUGCAUCGCCCUGUACCUUAGAGGAUCCCGAGGAUCCGCAGAAGGAGCUGGUGAUGCCGGCCGUGCAGGGCACGCUCAACGUGCUAGCGGCGGCCAAGAUGUUUGGCGUCAAGCGCGUGGUGGUGACCUCAUCGAUCUCCGCCCUGGUUCCGAACCCUAAUUGGCCACGCGACAAGGCUUUCGACGAAUCGUCAUGGACCGACCUCGAUUACUGCAAAUCUCGCAGGAGAUGGUACCCAGUCUCAAAGACACUGGCUGAGAAAGCUACUUGGCAAUUUAAAGAGAAGCAUGGAUUGGAUGUGGUGGCAAUCCAUCCGGCAACUUGUCUUGGCCCUCUCUUGCAACCUGGUUUGAAUGCAAGCUGUGCUGUCCUGCAACAGCUUUUGCAGGGAUCAAAAGACACACAAGAAUACCAUUGGUUGGGGGCUGUGCAUGUCAAGGAUGUGGCGGAGGCACAAGUAUUACUUUUUGAGACCCCAGCUGCUUCUGGAAGAUAUCUUUGCACCAAUGGAAUCUAUCAGUUUGGUGAUUUUGCUGAAAGAGUUUCCCAACAGUUUCCCGAGUUUCCAGUUUACAGUUGGGCUUUGGAAAACUACCGGCGCUCAAAUUGUUGUUCUUUUCCUUUCUUAAAGAAAGCAUAUUUGGAAUUUACUGAUGAACGUGAGCAAGAUGAAGUUGUUAGUAAUUACUUUCUUUGUCCAAAGUUGAUGGGAGAGCCUGAAGGUUUGAAGGGGAAACACAACCAGGUCUUGUUGCGGUCAAAGAUGCUGCAAAGAGAUUGAUUGAUCUGGGAUUAGUUUUUACACCAAUUGAAGAUGCUGUCAAGGAUACAGUGGAAAGCCUCAAAGAAAAGGGCUUCCUGCGGCAAGAACAGUCACAAUCUUAGAUAUUUCAUGCAGCUACAAUUUCCACUGUUCCAUAUUUAUUCUUUGUUUAAUUUGGAAAAUAAUGCCGCAUGACAAGAAGAUUCAUCUCUUAUAGGUGUUUGUUCAGUCCAGUUUGUUUCUUUCCUCUUUUUUUUGUUUUUUUUUUUUCUUAGGCAAACAAGUUGAAGAUUACUGUCAAUUUUAUUAUGGAAGAAAAUUUGUUUUCUUA